AAUUAAGAUGUGAACUGCAAGAGAGGCUUGUUAAGCUGCUCUCUUGUCGUGCAAAGCUAAACAAGAGUGACCUCCACCCAAACCCUAAACGAACAUGCUUACAUAUAUAUUACCAUGCUCCUAACCCCAAUCAAGCUCUCUCAUUCAUCACUUGCUCAUUAGUUGUUUUGCCUAGCUUGUCCUUGCUUCAGCUAAUCAAGUUACCAAACGUGUAAUCCUGCUUUUGUUUGGAGAAAUAUUUCUAGAAGCUUCAUUCCAAGACCAUUCCUCCACCUGAUCGAGAGGUAUGGCGCCGUCGUCGACGACCACCACGUCGGAUAAGGCGAACUCCAGGUCACCGUCAUCGUGUCCAAGGGGACACUGGCGGCCCGGCGAGGACGAGAAGCUGCGGCAGCUCGUUGAGCAGUACGGGCCGCAGAACUGGAACUCCAUUGCUGCGAAGCUGGACGGGAGAUCAGGGAAGAGUUGCCGGCUCCGGUGGUUCAACCAGUUGGACCCGCGGAUCAACCAGCGGCCCUUCACGGCGGCGGAGGAGGAGCGGCUCCUGCAGGCGCACCGCGCCCACGGCAACCGGUGGGCGCUCAUCUCCCGCCUCUUCCCCGGCCGCACCGACAACGCCGUCAAGAACCACUGGCACGUCGUCAUGGCGCGCCGCCGCCGCAGCCACCAACGCUCCGCCGGCACCCUCCUCGCCGCCUCUGCAACUGGAUGCUCGCCUCCGCCACGUCGCCCGCCAUUCCAGUGCUUCCAUUUCGGCGCCCCGCCUGCGUCGGCGAAGACCACCACCGGCAACCUGUGUUUCGCCACGCCCGGUUCCGGGCCGUCCAGCCUCAUCAGCAGCAGCUCAGGAACGUUCAGUGUCAGGAACUGCCACGUUCCCAUUAAUGUCGCGUUCUCUUCUCCAAGUGAAGCGGCGGCUGCGCCGGACGAUCAUCGUCAUGGCAUGGGCAAAGACGAACACGGCGCCGGCGGCAACGACGAUGACGAAGAUGGUGGCGCCGCCGCUGCGAAGAGGAAGGAUGUGCCGUUCAUAGACUUCCUGGGCGUCGGCAUCUGAAGAAACAUAUGGUGGUACACUUAACCAUGGCUAUAAAGCUAUCGAUGUGUAUUAGAAGUUUAGGAUGUUAUUUAGGCAAUCGGGUGUUGGUGCA